AUGUCAUUAAAAGCUUUGGGAUUGAGUGCAACUAAAGGUUUAUUUGCUAAGCAAGCAGAAUUGACAAGACCUGUACAAUCCGUACUCAACUUUAAAAAAUAUCCUGAAGAAUCAUCAAGUAUGGUGUUGACAAGAUCAGAUCAAGAAUUGGGUGGUUAUUCAACUGCAAAUUUUGAUAUUGAUCAUCAAGAAAAAUGUGGACACUUUCAUGGUACUUUAAGUUUAGAUUUACCAAAAGAUAAUCCAGAAGUAACCAGAUCAGGUUAUGCCAUGUUUAGAACUAAAGAUCAAAAGGAUUCUUGGCUUUUUGGUGAUUCUUAUUGGGAUUGGACAAAUUAUUCAUCCUUGGUUUUAAGAGUUAAAGGUGAUAGAAGAAAAUAUUUAGUUAAUAUUCAAGCAAAUACUCCUUUAGUUACUGAUUUAUUCCAACAUAGAUUAUUUUUACAUCACCCAGGUCAAUGGGAAACUGUUGUUAUUCCAUUAGAUGAUUUUGUCAUGACUAAUUGGGGUGUCAUUCAAGAUGGUAGUGAAUUAAAUAAAAGUGAGGUUAAAUCUGUUGGUAUUGGUUUAUUAGAUAAACAAUACGGUCCUUUCUCUUUAAAAGUUGAUUGGAUUAAAGUCAUGACUGGUGCUGAAGUUGCUAAAGUUGCUAGAAGAUCAAGAUUAGAAAGAUUGAUUAUUUCCAAUGACGGCGAAAUUGAAGAUAAAGUAUCUCAAGUUGGUGGUGCUAUGUAUGGUCAACCAAAGAAAUUCAUUUGA